CUUCAUUCAAACGCUAUUGAACCUUGAGCUCUAGAAAGUCCCACCGUAUGAACGUUUUUACUCACAUGUGAAUUGUUCUCUAGAAACCACCAUCGCGAUCUCCAUUUGACGAACCUGAACCCCGUUCUACAUCUUUCCCACCGCCAGCCUCAGCUCCUCCAAUCCAAUCUUUACUUCGAUAUCCCUGCCAACCCAUGAGCAGUCGAACAGCGCGCAUCGCCAUAGACUUAUCCACGGAGAAUCAUUGAGGAGGGAGGAUCGUCGCUGGGCAAGAUGGCGCCUCCGGCGAUCCCAGCCGAAGACACAAUCGAGCGGACCCCAGAGUAUGAGGCUUUCAUCAAGGGUCUUGAGGAGUACUCUGAGAAGAGAGGAACUCGCCUUGAUAAAGAGCCGAAGAUCGGUGCCCGUCAUCUCGAUUUACUCAAGCUCUAUAAACGCGUGACCGACGAAGGAGGCUACGAUAUCGUCUCCGAUACCAAAGGGAAUAAGCUAGCAUGGAGGAGAAUCGCAUCCGAGCUUCUGCCACCUUCGGCGCAAAUAGGGACGUUGGCUUUCAUGGUGAAGACCGCGUAUUAUAAAAACUUGGCCGCAUAUGAGAUCUCGACUCUCCACAAGAAGGAGCCCCCACCAAGGGAGAUCCUCGAAGAUCUCACCGCAAAAGGUGGUGACUUGUUGAAUCGUACCCUUGAGAAUUAUCGACCCCGACUAAACCGUGAGACGGAGUUCCUCGCCAAUGGAAAGGAGGGAGAAACCGAUGGCUCCGAUGCCGACGGACAACGCACUCCCAAGGAUGACAAGAUGGACUUGGAUGAGCUGGCGAACUCUGCUGGCGCUAGAACUACAAGAUCACUCCGACAUAAUCCUCCCCAGCGAGCUCUCUUUCAACCCGACGUCCUACCGGCAAGGCAAAGUCGGACCAGCAUUAACCAGACACAAUCCCCCACUCCUGUUGCGGCCAGCCAACAACCCACAACGAACGGAGUGAGCAGCGUCCCUCCAAAUUCUGUCGUCCUUGCCAACUACGACCCCAAACCUCAAGUUCCGUCGGCGGUGAAGCCGGUCAAUACUCCAUCCAACAACCCGGAGCUGUUCCGACAACUCCGGGAGAGGCAGACGGCCAAGAAACCUUUUCCGGGCGUCCAGAAGGGCCUCAUGAUGCCUGGGACCGGGUAUCCUGGGGCAAAUAUCUAUAUUCGCGCCCAGAUGGCGUUGAUGUCGGGAAUCCCGACGGAGGUCAAGUACGCAUUGCACCAUCUGGUCAAGAUUUCUCAUGAACGGGGUGAUAAGUAUCGGUUCGACGCGUUCUCUAAUCUCGCGGAGGCCCUUAUGGGAGUCGUGCUCGAAGUCAGUGUUCUUUAUUACGGAGUCAAAUGGCAAGUGUCCUAUAGCAAUGAGGAAUCGGCCGAGCCAUAUGUCUUGAACGGUCUGGAGGGAACCCGGAACCUCUUACAGAAACUGGAGGAACUCCCGAUCAUCGAACCCGCCGACAGCUUGGAGACCCAACACUUUGCGUUAUCCAUGCAGAACGUAAACGAAGCCGCCCUUGUUCUGCGCAAUAUGGUUCUCCUCGAGGAGAAUGCGAAGUACCUCUCGUCAACCCCCCUCAUCCGCGACACAAUCGCCAUUGUCCUCGACCUCCCGAACCGCCCCGCGUUGAGCGAAGUCAAGCACUAUGCUCUUGAGAUCGUCGAGCAGCUCACCAAGUUCUUCAUCCUACCCGCGGACGAUCCACUCUACUUGACUCUGCUUGCGCAGUUGAAGAGCGAAGAUCGCGGCACCCUCAUCACGACUAUGAGAGCGCUGAGCAGGAUCGGCAUCGAUCUGGAGACGAAAUACACGUUACAAAACGUCCCCGAGACUACGUUGUCAAGCAUAAACGACUUCCUCCUUGUCGAUGAUGAAGAGCUACGAGGAGCAUGUCUAGAUUUCUUCUAUCAGUUCACCGCCUCUGUCGAGAACGUCGAGUUUCUCCUUCACGCCAUCAAUCUCGACACCCUGGUCGCCCAGCUGGUUCGUCUACUUAUGCAUGGCGCUCAGUACAUUAAUAUGACCCCGAAAGUCAUAACUCCCCCUAAGCCCCAGCCUCCUGCAGAGAUGCCUCCGAAGCUUUGCGCUUCGAUCCUAGAUAAACUAUGCCGGAUCGACGAUCCACGUGAAUUGGCAUCUCAAUGGAUACGGAUGUGUUUCGAGGAGGACCAGGCCUCCGAAAUUACCCAGAUCAACCUCUGGAAUGCAUACAAUGCCACCUUCUCUCCCAACGCCCAAGCCAACCCCUCGCGGCCUCUGAUGAACGCCAAGGAUUUCAUUUCCAACGUCUCCUCCGUUCUCCCCGCCGCCACCGCCCAGUUGACCCAUGGCAACCCUCCGAAAUACACCAUCCGCGGAAUCCGCCCCCGUCACAUUCCCGUCGAUUCUCGCGGGAUCCCGUACAUCAAGUGCAAAUGGCACCUGGAACGAACCGAAGGUGCCAUGGACGUUGACUACGCCGCCCCCCUCGAAUGCGACGAGCUCUCCCCCAACGUCGAAGAACUCUGGAACCACAUUGUCGCCUCCCACCUCCACGUCCCCCGCCGCUCCGACGGCAAAUUCGACCCCUCCCCCACCCCUCCCCUGGGCCACCGCUAUCUCUGCCACUGGGGCGGCUGCACCAAAUACUCCCCCCACGGCGCCUCCGGCCCGCGCGAAGCCGCCGCCCACGUCAAGGUGCACCUCCCCGACGACUCCGCCAAAGGCGCGCAGCGGCAAAAAUACAACCGCACGGCCGACGAUCCGGCCGUCACGGUGCGCACGGAGACGCCGCGCACGUACUGGAACACGGCAACGGACGAGCGGAACGACCCGACGGGGUUACCGCUGGCGUCGGUGCUGGUGCUGCGGAACCUGGCGCGGCAGAUGGGGAAGCUAGACGCGGCGGGGGAGGCGCGGGGGACAGGGCGGCCGUGGGAUGCGGCGCCGGUAGGGGUGGGGUUGGUGGAGAAGGUGUUCGCGACGUAUCGGGAGGAGCUGUACUACGUGAUGGCAUUUAAUCUGUCGUUGCGGGAGUAUAUCCAUAGUCUGGUGCGGGCGAUCGCGGCGGUGUCGGGGGGUGUGUUUUGAGUUGAAGGACAUGUAUUCUUGCACUUUUAUGGUUCGGGCAUAGGAACACGGUCGCACGGUGUUUAUGAGGGCCGUCAAGGUUUAUCGAUCUGGUGGAAUGGCGAUUUACGGUGCUUUGCAUAUCGAGACGAUGGGCGCAAGCUUCCGUCUCGAUCGGGAUGACGAGGCGCGUAUCAUCGAGGCUUUUUCGGGUUACGCGUCCACGACGCGGUCAAUGGCUCAUAGGUGUACAUUAGAGGAUCCAUAAAGUCUAAUGGCAUUUCACUAUCCAGUAGCGUCUAUCCAGCGCCGAUGAGAGCCUGUUGUAG